AUGCGCAAGCAUCACCUCUACGUCUUGACACUCGAAGAAUACGAGCCAAACAGAGAAUUCGUCGGACGCAACUUCAAUGCAGGAGAGGUGGUGCAGCUCGUCCUUAAAUCGCCGCGGACGGGCCGCUGGCUGCCGUUUGAGUACGUCCAGAUGGUCAUGAUGCACGAGCUCGCCCACUGCAAGCAGAUGAACCACUCGCGCGCGUUUUGGGCCGUGCGCAACAGCUACGCAGCAGAAAUGUACAGUCUCAUGGGAGAGGCCUACACGGGUGAGGGUAUUUGGGGGCGGGGAGCCCGCCUGGCCUCGGGCGAGUGGGAGCGGAACGUGGUGCAACCGGAUGAAGCCCUGACGGAGCAUCUGUGCGGUGGGACAUACCGAUCGAGGGGCAGAAAGAGGACGACAAAGGCUACGCUUACAUAUCAAGAAAGAAAGGAAAGACGGAUAGAGAAGAAAUUCGGCAAGAACGGUGUCGCGCUCGGGGCAGACGAAGUGGUAAAGGCUACACUGGAGAAGGGCAAAAAAUUGACGGCCAAACCAAGGGUGGCUGGCAGUGCUCGUGGCAGGGAGCUCCGAGCCGCCGCCGCUCUCGCUAGAUUCGAGCAGCAAAAGGGGGAAGACAUGGUCAAGCUCAAGAAGGAGACGGCAGAAGAGGCUGAGAGUGAGUCUGGCAGUGAGAGUGAGUACGAGGAAGGCGAUUCCCAAGACUUGGAUUCGAAGGACGCAAUCGAUGUGGACGGACGUCGGCUGCUGGACAGGAAAGGGAGGGGCAUGGUGAAGGUCUGUGAGGAUGAGGAUGCGAAUGACCCGGAUGCCAAACAGGAACUCGACGAGCUGCGGGGCGUCUUUGGGCAGAAAUGGAUCAAGAGCGAGUCGACGGGAGAAGGUUCAGGAAGUGGCCCGAAUCCAGUCCACGGCAGAGCGGGCAACAAGAAGAAGCUUGCAGCCGACGAAGGAGAACCGUCCAGGACGAAGCGCGCGAAGGCUGAACCUAGCGAGGCCUUGUUCAGGUCAAAGUCACUUCCAAGAGCGCCGGUUGAGAAGGUCAAACAGCGAGACAACGGCAACGAAGCAUAUGGGCGGAUGGAACCAAGCCAGGCUACCUCAAGCUCCGGCCCCCUUUCACCUCAACAGGGAGUGUUGAAGGAGAGACUGAUAACAUGCUCCGCCUGUUCGUUUGCCAAUGCGAGGCAGGCGGCGACAUGCCACGUGUGCGCCAACGUUCUCGCACCGGACGAUACGACAAACUUGUGGCGAUGUCGCAGUCGGGACUGCUUGGAUAGCAAGUACAUAAACUCUGGCGACUGCGCCAUUUGUGGAGUAUGCGGGCGGAGGCGAGAUGAUGCGAGCACAUUCGCGGCGACAUGA